AUGAGAGGCUUUCCGGCCUUCGUUCUGGCCCUGUGCCUGCUGUUCACCUUUGCCGCCGCCAACUUCCCGGUCGAUGCCGAGGAUUAUGCCCUAGGAUUCUUCCACCGCAGGCAGGCAGCCUCUGGAACUGCGUCGGCGCCCAGCACGCCCGAUGCCGCAACGGCAGCAACCUCGGCCACCCAAGCCACCUCUACUCAGGAGCCCACGUCGUCCUCCAGCACUCCAUCUGCCACUUCGGAGGAGACUACCCAGGCUCCCACCACGACUGCUGAGACGUCUGCUGCCGCGACCAACGACGCGACCACCACCUCAGCUCCCACCUCUUCUGCCGUUGCCGAGACUACUGCGACCACGACUGAGGCAACGUCUGGCGCUGCUGCCACUUCUGCCGCUGCCGGCACCACUGCGACUGCAGGCGGAUCCUCUGCAACCAGCUCGGCCACUUCCGCCAAGACGACCUCCAAGACGACCAUCACCUCUGCGCUGGUCGCCAGCUCCACCGAGGCAUUCACCACGACCAUCGUCACCGUCACCAAUGGCCAGUCUGCAACCCUCACCAGCACGGGUAGCACCACGCGCGUGUCGACGACCGGCUAUUCCACCGUCACCAGUGCGGCGGUCCUGAACAAUGACAGUGAGAGCUCGGGCAGCUCGGGAAUGAGCUCGAGCACCAAGAAGAUCAUCGGCGGUGUCGUUGGCGGUGUCGGCGGUGCCAUCGUGCUCGGUGCUCUGGCCAUCGUUGCAUGGCGCAUCUGGGGCCGCAAGAAGAACCAGGUCGACGAUGACGACGACUACACCCUGGCUGGCAGCAACGCCCACCAGCCGCUGAACACGGAGAAGCGCAACAGCAGCUCGCCCAACGACAUGUUCAACCGCACGCUCGAGCAGCACCACACGCCUGGUGGCCGCGUCAACGCCGCAGCAAACUUCUAA